UAUGUUAGAUGAUCACAGUUGUAGUUACAGUUAAAAUAGGCAUGGAUACAGUACAAAAAGCGGGUAUAGCAAUUAUUAUAUUCGGUCUUAUUACCAAUUGUCUGGGUUUUCGCAAAUGCGAUCCUGAUAAUGGACCAAGCGGAGUUUACGACUGUGUGCCAUUAAAAGGCUACGAUAAGCCACAGUAUGCAACAUGCCUAACAAAUUCCUAUGCUAAGAUGAAAACGAAUUACCGAUAUGCUUGUGAGAAAAAUCUGUAUGGGAUACGUCCAACAUACUGCUGGUAUCAAUGUAUGGUUGAGUUGCACGAUAUGGAUAACGGACAAGUUAAAAACGACUGUACAUGUACCCUUGGACAACAUGUGACAAAAUACCCUUGGUUUAUUCCGACAACACAAUCACCUAUACCUGGACGAUGUCACACUCCUUCAGGAUAUGACUGCCUCUGGUUCAGCACUUGCUUAAAUUCCAAAUAUUCUUGUCAUGGUAAGGAUUACAAAGAAGUGAUUGAAUUGGGUUCAAACUUUUGUAACUUUGCGUCGAAAACUAUAAAGAAGAUUUCCGAAAAUGGUUCUUUAUGGUACGAAAAUGCUCAGAAAUGCUUUCAAGUUCAAAUGGCUCCUGUUUUGAAACAAUGGUUGCAUCUCAACUGUUCUACUGUAGAAAAUAAAGCUACUUCUGUACGUAACCAAUGUCUUUCAAAACCACUUGGUGUCAUAUCAUUAUGUGAUUUGUCCCAUGAUGUUCAAUGGACUAUAUUUUGGAGCAUAAGAGAAUCAUUCGAAACAAAUCUUGUUCCAAGCAUUGCGCAUUUCAUGCAUUUAAUUCAGAAUUGUUCAAUACCAGAGAAGGAAAGUAAUAUAACGGAAAUGAGACUGUUCUACUCGCAUACGGUCAAUAAACACGUAACAAACAAAAUGAUUGAGGAUUAUUUUUCUAAAAUUGUAACAAAAAUGAAUUGGCAAGACGAAGGAAUACGUUGGUUUUGCGUGUUGUCACAACACAUAAUUGUAUAUCUAUCUGUACCUCUAAAAACCGAUCAAAAUCAAAAGAAGCGAAAUGAUACAAGUUUAGACGAGGCAUUGAUGAAAUUCGCAAAUGCCUUCGAAGAUGGCGAAUUUCAAGGGAACUUGAUACAACUUGACAAAAUGUUUGUGUGUAAGGACAUUCACUGUGAAGAUACGUACAUACACCGUAACGCCUCGUAUCCAGAACAAACAACACCUAGAAAGCAUGAGGAAAAGAAAAACAGCCAUGUUGGUAUCAUGGGGAUAGGAAUCGGAGUUUUUGUAGGAAUAUUUGGUGUUGCUGUUUGUGUCAUGUGCUUAGCAAGAUGGGUACGACUAAACAGACCACGUGACAUUAGACAUUUCAUCCUAACGGAAGACUAGGAAUAAACUUAUACAUGGAUUUGAUUUCAAUAUGCAACUCUUACGUUCACUAAUUUAUAAAACAUUGCUACCCAUUAGGUAUCAUUGUUUAAUAAUGUACGUAGCUCGAUACGUAACUGAUUUGUGAGGAUUGUGUUGAUUAACAAAAUUAACGAAAUACAAAAUUCCCAUGGAUAUUAUUCUGGGAAAAAUU